AUGUUCAUAAGAAUAGAGUUUUGUAAUCUUCCUGUGAGAGAAGCCUCAGGGACACUUAAUAUCUCCAUCCGCGAAAGUUUUCCCAAUGACACGGGAAGUCCUCCUGUGAGAAUGAAAGGAGAAAAGCAUAUACAUACCUUCAAAGUUGUUCCGUCCCAAAUACAACUCUUUGAGCAUGCUCAGACUUCCAAUUUCACUCGGUAUUUCCCCAUUGAAAUGCUCUCUACACUUUCAUAUAUUUGGUGGUAUGGGGCCCUCGAGUUGAUUGAACGAGAGUCCAAGAGCUCUCAGGUUUGGGAGAUUGUUACACAUAUCACUUGGGAGCCUACUUGUAAAAAAGUUCACCAUAAUGCUAAUUUCUCUUAUGGAGGUCAGAUUGAAGAUACCAUAUGGGAUUGUGCCCAGAAGAACAGUUGCCGAUUUCCUCAGGGAUUUCGCCCGAGAACGUGUUGUUGUAGAGACUCAGCUUCUCUAGUCGAGGUAAGGACCCCGACCCAUGAUGGUACUUCACCGGUCAACGAGUUGACUCCGGCAUCUAUAAACCUCAGGAAGCACAAACGAGACAGUUCGCGCGGUACACACUCACCAAUACACUUGUGUGGGUCAUCUCCGCCUCCUCUGCAGCGGGGCGCAUCGCGCCGCCUCACAUCCACCAUCGUUGGCCGGUGCUGCCACUCGGCCUGCCGUCGUUUUGAGGACCUCCUGGCCGUCGGGCUUUCGUCGUUUGUUCUUGGUUGUCGCUUGGAAUGUGGAGGUGUCGUCGAGGUGAAUGACUGGGCUAGGCGGGGUCGUCUUCGGCUGGGCACUGGC